AUGCCAUUUCAAUCAAAGUAUGAUAAUUUAUUUUUUUCUAUUCCUACAGGUCUGACCAACAUAAUGUCAUCCGGCGGUUUGGAAUCCAUGGUGGAGAAAAUGUUGGGCGAGGCGGCUCAUCGGUUCCUUGGAAUCAAUCCAGAAACUGGUGCUAUAAUCGGUGCUAUAGCUGGUAAUAUCAUUUUCAAUAUGGGUGGUCGUAAUAAUUCACUGACAAGUAUUGGAAAAUUGAUUUUGGACAACAUUAUCAGUGGAAAAUACAAGAGAGAUGUGAAUUUCUACAAGGAACGCGAACGUUGUCUGACAAGCAAAAUUCUCUUCGAAGAUCCGGAAUUUCCAGCUGCUGACCGAAGCCUGUACUUUAAAACACCACCUGAUCAGCAUGUAGAGUGGAAACGUCCUGGGGAAAUCGUCAAUGACCCGCAACUAAUUGUCGGUGAUAAGUCGCGGUUCGAUGUCAAACAAGGUGCACUGGGAGAUUGUUGGUUACUGGCGGCAGUGGCAAAUUUGACGCUGCGCGAUGAGUUGUUCUAUCGAGUUGUGCCACCUGACCAAAGCUUCACUGAAAACUAUGCAGGUAUCUUCCACUUCCAAUUUUGGCGAUACGGUCAAUGGAUCGAUGUGGUAAUCGAUGAUCUGUUGCCGACUGUAGACGGACGACUUUACUAUAUGCAUUCGCAUGAGCACAACGAAUUCUGGAGUGCUUUACUGGAGAAAGCGUAUGCCAAACUUUAUGGCUCGUAUGAGAACCUCGAAGGUGGCACUACAGCUGAAGCCCUUGAGGAUUUCACCGGUGGUCUUACCGAAUUCUAUGAUCUUCGCAAAACGGACAAAGCCGUUAUCCUGGCGAUGAUGAUCCGGGGAUUCCAAAUGGGAUCGCUAUUCGGAUGCAGCAUCGACGUGAAGGCACCCCUGGACAAUGGUUUGGUUCGAGGACAUGCUUACAGUAUCACUGCCCUACACACCGUAGCCGGUCCACAUGGAGAAACACCGUUGGUUCGCGUGAGGAAUCCAUGGGGAAAUAGCAAGGAAUGGAAUGGACCUUGGAGUGAUGGAUCGCCGGAAUGGAAUUAUGUUGAUAGCCAGAAAAGAGCAGAACUGGGUGUCGACUUCGCGCAAGAUGGCGAAUUUUGGAUGUCAUUUGACGACUUCUACACGAAUUUCAUGCAGAUGGAGAUUUGCAAUCUGUCAGCAGCUGUUAUGAAUGAAGUUUCGGAAAUGACUGGAGUUGCGAUUUCCGAUCCACAGUUACAUCAAUGGGAGGAAAAAGCUGAGGACGGCGAAUGGAGCACACAGAAAGGGACCGCUGGCGGUUGUGCAAAUAAUCCAGAAACAUAUGCUCGAAAUCCGCAAUACAAUUCCUACUUCAUCGUGACUGAUGAUUCUGUUGAGCAUGACGGCAAAUGUACAGUAAUCGUUGCUGUACUACAGAAAUAUCGCCGUGAAAUGCGAACUAUUGGCAAAGACAGUUUGCCUAUCGGUUUUGCUGUCUACGAGGUUAGUCCGAGGUUACAAACUUCACUUAUGAUUCAAAGAGGCUGUCAGGAGCCUUCAGCCCCGCUCCAUUUCGGACGAGUUACGUGCCGUUUCCGAGUACCGCCUGGGCACUACGUUAUUCUUCCUUGCACAUUUGACCCAGAUUGCGACGGAGAGUUCCUACUGCGAAUUUACGUGAAUGGAAAACUUCAAACUUGGGUAGGUUGGGUUUGUACGAGUUUGCCAUGA